GAAUCUAAGCCGAUGGCUUUUCAAGUAAGUGCCUUGCGGCUUUCAAAACAAGUGAAAUCAUUACCUCUUCUACCAGUGGCACCCCGUGCCAGUUCAGUUCGACAUUCGAUUCAAUCGAACAGCAGCGGUAGUCAGUCCGUCCCUGACCGCCGCGUGAAUAUGGCAUCACGCGCUGGAUACGAGCUGGCCUUCGCCGCGUCUCCGACGUCCACGCCGUCCCGACUGGGCCGGUACAAGAAGGUGGCCGUCAGCUGCGAUGGCGCUCAAUGUUCUAACGUCGCACGCGAAAUUUUACAGCAAGGUGGCAACGCUGUGGAUGCGGCUAUCGCCGCUCUUUUUUGUAACGCCGUCGUGAACCCGCAAAGUGCCGGCCUUGGAGGCGGAUGUCACAUGACGAUUUACGAUCCCCUCACGCGAACCGCCAAGUGCUUGGACGCUCGUGAAACAGCGCCUCUAGCGGCCACAGAGAACAUGUUCGAGGCCGAUCCAUCAUUAGCUAAAAAAGGCGGUUUGGCCGUUGCGGUUCCGGGUGAAUUGGCCGGAUAUUGGGCCGCCCAUGAGACGUACGGCCGAUUGCCCUGGUCUCAAUUGAUCCAGCCGGCCGUCAAAUUGGCCGAGAACGGAGUGCCCGUCAAUCGUCACCUCGCCGAAGUGUUGCGGUGCGGGGCCGAAUCGAUCCGGAAAGAACCUUCCAUGCGUUCUUACGUGGACGAAACGACCGGUAGAGUUCUACAAGUCGGGGACACGUUCAAAUUGCCUGCGCUGGCCGACACGUUGAAACAAGUCGGCCGCCACGGCAUCCAAGUCUUUUACGACGGACCCAUCGGCGACAAGAUGGUUGAAGACGUCCGCCUCAGGGGGGGCAUCCUCACCAAAGAAGAUCUUCGCCAAUACCGGGCCGAAUGGGUGGAGCCCGUCCAAGUGGAGUUGAAGAACAACUUGACACUUUACUCGCAUCCACCGCCCGGCUCGGGCGUCGUGACAGCCUACAUUAUGCGCCUUUUGGACGGCCAUGUUGGGUCGGGCGCAAUGGAUGGAGACAACCCCGUGACGUAUCAUCGCAUCGCAGAGGCCAUCAAACACGCCUUUGGCCAACGCACUAAAUUAAGCGAUCCCAGGUUUCAUCCGGAGGUCAACCAGUUGGCAGAAUUGCUGAUUUCAGAUUCGUUUGUUGAUGAGACUCGUUCGAAAAUGUGCGAUGCCUCUACGUGGGAUGAUCCGGCGUAUUACGGAGCGGCGUGUAACGCUCCGGAAGAUCAUGGGACGUCGCACGUGUCCAUCGUGGAUGAAACUGGAAUGGCCGUCGCUGUCACAUCGACCAUCAACCUGCAUUUUGGAGCUGGAUUCGCAUCCGCACAGACCGGUAUCAUCCUAAACAACGAAAUGGCGGAUUUCUCACUGUCCUGCUCGGAGAAUUGCUACGGUCUACCGCCUAAUUUCAUCAACAUGGUGAAACCGGGCAAACGGCCGUUAUCCUCCAUGACACCGACCAUCGUCGUCAACUCAUCCAGCGGACGUGUCCGUCUCGUCAUCGGUGCAGCCGGAGGCAUCCGCAUCACCACAUCCACCGUUUACGCUAUGAUUCGCAAUUUGUGGUUCGGCGAGGACAUCAAAGAGGCCAUCGACAGCCCGAGGUUCCACCACCAACUCUUCCCCAUGACGCUGAAUUACGAAGAGGGUUUCCCCAAGGAAAUGGUGAAGCAAUUGGCGAAUCGAGGCCAUCAAACGAGCCAGGAGAACACGCGGGGCGGGUCAGUUUAUGGCAUUUCCGUUGAACAAGAGGACGACGAUGAAUUUUACCUCUACGCCAACGCCGACUACCGUAAAGGUGGCGACGUAGCCGGUUUCUGAUGCGUAAUCGAACACCCAAAUGAAGAAUGACGACAUUCCUGUACGACGUUGCCGCCGAACAGAAUGAACGAUUCGUUUUUCUGAUUUCAAGUUUUUAUUUUAAAUUUAAAAAAAAACAAAUAAUCCCUUUCCAAAAAUUUGCGUUCCAUUUGUUUUU